UCUCGCCUCAGGGCUGGCUUAGCCCCUAUCGAUCUUGCAAGUCCUGUUUCGGGGCUGCAGAGGCGGAGAACGUGCUGGUCACUUCAAAAUCUUCAUCCAAGAUCCUUGACCUAUAAAAACUGCAUCGUCGUCGGCAGCUGAGCUGCAGCAGUGAGGGAUGACAAAAGUGAAUUAUUUUUGGCUCAGUGGCUCAGGCUUGACAAGGAGGUCUUUAAAUGUAAACCUGACAUCUACCAAAGGUUUAGGAGCCUGAUGUCACUUUCUCCCUACAAUUCAUAUUGUUUCUGCAGAGGGGCUAACAUGUCCCCGGCCUGUGCCAGGGACAAUUAAGAUAUUGCAAAAUAUGUAAUAAGUUUAAAGAGGUAGCUUCUGAUUGAGAGGGUCCUGCACCUCUUGCAUGCACCCCCAACGUACCUACGAAAGCCUGAAUUUCUUGGCUCGCUGCCUGCAGCAAGGCAGCCAGUCCUCAGCGCAGAGGUGGGCUGGUGCUGCAGGUCACAUGGUCUUGCAUGAGAAGUGAGGCUACAGAGGCUUCUGUUAUUUUUAUGUCUUGAAUGUAAUUUUCCUCUGACUUCUUAGAGCCCUACUCAGAAUUAACUAAAGUCCUCACAGGAUUGCUGUGGGCUCAGAGAGGGCAGCCCCUCUCCCAGCCCAGUUUUGCUGGGGUGCAAUUGACAACCUGUAUCCUGAGAGGGAGACCUCAGCUUUGAGCAUGAGGAACAGGAUUUUGAGGCACUCAAUGAAUGGUUUAGUCCCCACUUAACUGCUUACAAAACAGCCUUAGACCACUGGGGUCUUUUUGAGCUUCAAGCUUUUUCAGCUGUCAAAUGGGGAGCCCCACCCCUGUGACACCUAUAACCAUGCACUAGACACCUGCUUCAUGGAAACAGAUCACACUGCAGUGAGGGUUGGCAUGUGGCUUCAGAAAGAGACGCCACGCACCCACUGGCAUCCAGACCUACCUCCUUUGCACCUUAAAAUGUAGGGUGGAGCAGAGAUGUCUGCGGCUUGGGACAUGAUGCAUUUCCUGGGAAUGUGACACUGAUUUGCGCGGAAACUCAAGGCAGAUGUGGGGAAGGGUUGAGGCCAGACUGACGCGACCUUUGUCUUUGUGUUUUGUCUGGAGCAGGGACCCCUGGUCACCACCCUUGUCCUGUUCUUCCUGGAUGGAACAAGAAGAUAAAGACAGUCUGUGUGACGUCCAGGACUCAGAAGAUAAAGGGAUGGGCUCUGAUUUUGAGAACUCCGAGGACAGGGAAGGGGACCCAGAAGGACGCGGAAUGGGCUUGAAUCCACAGGAUACGGACGAGAGUGAGGGCCACGUGGAGGAGGAGCUGGGCCCCCACUCUCGGGCUGCAGCUCCUGGAGGGGCCUCGGAGGAGAGGGAAACCGCGGCCGACAUCUGCACAGACGGCCUGCUGAGCGCGGCGGAGGGGCUGUUGCUCCGCGAGGCCGAGGAGCACCCCGCGGGCGGCGCAGCCGUGUCCCCAGGCCUGUCGGAGCCCGACAGCCUCUCCGGGAGCCCGCCGGGGCCAGAGGACGAGGAGGGGCGCAGCGGGGCGAGCCGGCCGGAGGAGCCGCUGGAGCCGCAGCCGGUGCUGCCCUGGCGGCGGCACCUCUCCCUGGGCAGCCGGCACCGGGGGGACAAGCCCGCGCACCGGCGCUUCCGCCGGCUGCACCCCGCGGUGGCCGUGGACCUGGGCGAGCUGGACAGCCUGGUGGCCAGCAUCAUGGACGCGCCCACCAUCUGCCCGGACUGCGGCGAGAGCUUCAGCCCGGGCGCCGCCUUCCUGCAGCACCAGCGCAUGCACCGCCUGGCCGAGGCGGCCGCGGCCGGCCUGGAGCCCUUCGCGCGCGCGGGCGAGCGCGCGGCGGGGGGCGCGGGGGGCUUCGGCUCCGGGGGGCCCGCGCUGGCCCGGCCGGCGCGCGAGAAGCCGUUCCGCUGCGGGGAGUGCGGCAAGGGCUUCAGCCGCAACACCUACCUGACCAACCACCUGCGCCUGCACACGGGCGAGCGCCCCAACCUGUGCGCCGACUGCGGCAAGAGCUUCAGCUGGCGCGCCGACCUGCUCAAGCACCGGCGCCUGCACACGGGCGAGAAGCCCUACCCGUGCCCCGAGUGCGGCGAGGCCUUCAGCCUCAGCUCGCACCUGCUCAGCCACCGGCGCGCGCACGCGGCGGCCAGCGGGGCGGGGGCGGCCGCGCUGCGCCCCUUCGCGUGCGGGGAGUGCGGCAAGGGCUUCGUGCGCCGCUCGCACCUCGCCAACCACCAGCGCAUCCACACGGGCGAGAAGCCGCACGGCUGCGGGGAGUGCGGGAAGCGCUUCAGCUGGCGCUCGGACCUGGUGAAGCACCUGCGCGUGCACACGGGCGAGAAGCCCUACAUGUGCUCCGAGUGCGGCGAGACCUUCAGCGUGAGCUCGCACCUCUUCACGCACAAGCGCACGCACUCGGGCGAGCGGCCCUACGUGUGCCGGGAGUGCGGCAAGGGCUUCGGGCGCAACUCGCACCUGGUGAACCACCUGCGCGUGCACACGGGCGAGAAGCCCUUCCGCUGCGGCCAGUGCGACAAGCGCUUCAGCGACUUCUCCACGCUCACGCAGCACCAGCGCACGCACACGGGCGAGAAGCCCUACACGUGCAUCGAGUGCGGCAAGAGCUUCAUCCAGAGCUCGCACCUGAUCCGCCACCGCCGCAUCCACACCGGCAACAAGCCGCACAAGUGCCCCGGCUGCGGCAAGGGCUUCCGCUACAAGACGCACCUGGCGCAGCACCAGAAGCUGCACCUGUGCUAGGGCCGCCGUGGGGGGGGUGCCCUCUGGGGAGCAGGUGGGGGCGGGCGGGGCCUGGGGACAGCGCCCUAGAAAGGCAGGGGACGUGGGGGGCGGGAGGGACAAUCCGAGAGCGUGUUGGUGUCAGGGGAUGCUGAAGGGGAGGGUGCUUUGGUGGGGGCUAGAUCUUGCCCGCCUCCGUCCCAAGGAAGAGAUGUCUCGGGCCCAAGGAAGAGAUGUCUCGGCCCGCGCUGACCGAGGGGACGAGCAGGAGCUGGCACUUUGAAGACCUGGAGGAAGGAGAGGUUGAGGGGGCACUGGAGGGCCUGCCAGGGGAGGUUGGGCCACCCCCGGCCCUCUGAAUCCGGGCGCGCGUGUGGCCCUAGUGAGGCACGCGUAGGCUGCUUCUGUGAGAGGCGGGUGUGUGUAAUCCUAUCCUGGGCCCCCCGGGAGGUAAGCCAGUUCUGUCCUGUUCCCCCACAUCAGCUGCAGCCCCCGCAGAAGUAGAGGAAGCUGCCCGUUUUGGAGAGGGUGUUUUGCAUACCCUUCCUUUCUCUGAGCCACAGUUAGCUGCUAUUGUGAAGCAUCCAGGGGAAGCCAGGCAGUUGCAAGGGCCGAGCCUCUUGAGGUGUGGAAAUGCAUUGGUUACUGGUCCUCGGACCUCCUGGGAAAUCCUGGUUCUGCUCUUGGGUUUGUGCUACUUCCAUUAAAAUACUGUAGCUUCGUGCUGGGUCAAGGUGUCUGGGAAUGACAGCCCCCUGCCCCUGGUGACCGGUGGCCCAGCCCAGCAUUUCUUUUGGGUCUCUCUUGUGAUCUCGUAAGGACAGGGAGGUGGGACAAUCCCAAGCGGUGGGACCGGCCCUUCUGCAGGCCAGCAUGACGCGUGCUCCGUGUGACCCCACAGUGGGGCGCUCAAGGCUUGAGACAGGAGGACAUGCGCAGGGAGAGGUGUACAUGCAAAGUUGCCAAAUAGCACAAGCAAUGAAUGUUUUCUGGAGGUUAUAUAAAUGCCAAAAUAGCACUUUUAUAUUUGCAAAGUGCUUUAUGCUUUUUAAUAAUUGCUAGUUUCUCACAUCUCGGUGAGUUAGAUCAGUAUUAAGACCCCGGCUUAGGGAAGGCCUGGGGCCUGGGCUGCUCUGCAGAGGGCGAGGACAGUGUGGACGGGUGCUUUUGUGCGCUCCAGCUCAGCUGCUAGAAGACUUACCUGUUGUGAUUUAUAUAAUGAGAUCAGGACACUGCACAUGUGUACUCUGGAUGGCUAACGCAAGGCUAGUCUAGAAGGGCCAAAGAUGUCCUUGCUGGCAAAGCUGGUCUUUGUCUCAUACAGUGUCCUAGAUAACGUUUUCUUUCUAGUUGGGGCUGUAGGUAGAUGACUUGUAUAGAUGUCCAUUCCCUGUGCUGAAUCCUCCUUCCCUAGUUUAGCUCGUAGAGGUUAGAGCUGCGGGAGGCAGCAUCUUCUUCACUAGCAAGUGUUUCUCUCCUUUCAUGGAGACAGCUUCAAGAACUGGUGGACACACUUGAAGAGAAAGAAAAUAGCUGCAAAAUUGUUUUUAUAGCUUUAGCAAAUUUUUCUGUGGAUGCUGGUAAUUUAUACUUGAUCAGUUGUGUUCUAGCAAAGACUCUGGGGACUGUAGGAAAGCAUGUUUGUGUCCUUAUCAAAACACAUUUUAAAAAAUACUGAGAGUUCUGGGCUCGGGGAAUGCCUGUUGAUCUGGCCCUCUUUGCUUCUUGUUAUUCAAAGAUGCAAAGUCUCAAAAUAGGGUUUUGGGAAGACACCAAUUCCUUUUUAUUUAAGUCAAGAGUAUGGGCAAGCGUAAUCAUCCAUUAUUUAUUCUGAUGCUUGUAGUCUGAAUACAGAACGUGCAAGACUCGCCUGGAAAUAAUAUAGCCAGUUGGUCGGUGAUCUUAUUCCUUCGGAUUUUAGUUUCCCAUGCACGUCUACCUCUUCCAGCUGUUUUAAGUUCUCGCAAGUCUGUGCCUAAGAAAUCUCAUUCAACGUUUGACCGUUCUGGUUUGAUCCGCUUUUUAUGGGUUAUUUGGUGUUUUGCUGCCAUCACCAUACAAUUGGAAGGACUCGUCUGUAUCAAAUGUUACCUGUCAGCAUCCUUGGAGGAAGGGUUGGGGUGAGGAGGAGGUUGGAGCUAUUGAAAAAUAACUUAGUGGCAGUAGAAAUCAUUGGAUUUCAUUGACCUCUCCUGUCCUUUCUACGACCAUGAAGAGGCUCAGCUACCACAUCAGAACCCCUCCAUGUGCCAGUCCUCCCGCAGAAGACGCCAACCAACACACCCUCCUUUUGUGGUGUUUAAAAUGUGAUUCCAUUUUUCUUACAACUUUUCAGGGAACAUACCUGCAUCGAGUGAGGUGAAUGCAUUCAGGAGGCUGUUCCUUGUAUCUAGUUUUAGAGUCAUAUUUUCUCAGCAGACCUUGUUAACUGUGGUUUACCUUUCAAAGCAAUCGUCUGAAGAUGGCGGCCGCCAGCUCAGUGAUGGUGGAGGUGGGUGAAUCACCGGUUCCUUGGGGAGCUUGUCCAAGCGUAGGCAUCUUGCUGCCUUUACUGAGCAAAACCUCAGUCAGCUUAACUCGGUUAAGUGGCCUGAUUGAAUCUUGACUUCUGGCCUGGAAGACAAGAGCCACCUGGUCUCUUCAGGAUCAAGAGGCUGAACAGAUGUGAAAAAGUACAAAUCAAGAACCUGUGUUCAUAGACAAUCUGAACUGUGUCUGAAGUUGGUGCACAUUUCCCUUCACUGUAAUGUUACUUUAUAGCUGUUUGUUAAAAUAGUGAAUAAUUUAAUGACCCUAAAAGUAACAGGUUUUGUGUGAGUGUGUGCUCGUGUAUGUGAGAAUCGCCUUAUUUUCAGGUUGUUUUAUUUAAGGAUGGUUCCCUGGACAGCCUUCUGGUGUUCAGCAACCAUUAUGGAAUAUUUGUCAUUAAAUCCUUAUCAGUUUUACACCUGGUCUGUCUUUUUCUUCCCAAUUCACGGCCCCUCAAUUUAAUGGGUCCUAUUCUGGCAGAGCAGGGGCAAGCAAACAAUCAGCUCCUGCCUGCCUGUUUGUAAACAAAAUUUUAUUAGCGUGCAGCCUGACCCUCAUAGCCAGUCUGAGGCUGCGUUCACAUGACAUCUGGGAACGGUGAGAUGAAGAGGUGGUGGUAGAAACACGUGACCCACAAUCCCAACGGAGGUUUGCAGAGAAAGCAUGAGCAGGUUCGGGGAUCCUGGUUGUCCAGGGGUGGGCUGUGUCUAAAUGGACCUUCAGGCACAGCUGGGAGUUCUGCUCAGCGCUUCUGCACCGUGUGGCUUUGGGACGCUGGGAACAUGGGUAUGCCACAUGCCACAGUACGGUGCCAAUUUCCAAAGAUCUGUCUUCAACCCUUAUCAGAACCCACCUGGGGGUGUUGGUGCAAGGCAAGGGAAGAGAGUUAGGGAGAAGGAGGCAGUGUUCGGUCUCCUAAUUGAUAAAAAUAGGCAUUUUUGAAUCUCAUCACAAAGUAUUUUCUUUCCCCUGGUUCUCAAAAAUGGAACAGAACUUAUCACUAGACUGACCUUUUGCUGAGACUAAUUUUUAUUCUCUGCACAAACUCAUGGAAACAGUGAGACAGCUGCUCUUUGGGAAGGGAUUCAUAAGAAAUUUAAAAAGCAGAGGCAUGAAAAGAACCUUAUUUUUUUUUGACUGAAAGCACUUAACCUUUGUGCAAAAAUCCUUGCGCCCCACCUUGCCUAGCAGGACAGCAUGUGUCCUGGUCCUGGGAGACAAGCAGUUCUGUGGUCACACACACCCCUCCCCAGGCCUGGCUGUUUGAGUUUAAAGCUCUCAGACCAGAUGCUGGUCCCUGGGAAAGUCACACCCACUCCUGGGAAAACCAAGUAUUCGCAGUAGUUGCUCAGUGUCCCGUGGGAGAGC